AUGCGCUUAGAUGGCAGUCCUGAUCUGCCGCGCAUAGAUGGCAGAGAGAGCUUCGACGAUUUGGUACGGAAGCUGAGCGUGUACUUUGUGCAGAAUGUUGACGCUCCUCACUCAUGGGAGGACCUACGGAAUGUUGUGUACGCUCGAAUGCUGAAGCCUCUUGUAACUUACCUAGCGAACGAGACUGAGCAUCCUGCGGUUGUGAGCGCGCUACUUGCGCUGAAGUCACACUUCGCAAAUUGCGAGGCCAACGAUGACCGUGGCAUAAGCCAGACGAGAGGCCUAGCCUGCGAGCUUGCUGCGUGGCGCUAUGUCACCCAUCUUACCGAAAGUGAAGCCAUUGAUGUACUUUGCCAUGAGCUGCCCAUCGCGGCCCGACGCGAGACUACGGAGAGUCCUUGUCACGACCUCAACAAUGCUGCCGAGGAGGGUACCCUGAUCGAGACUGCGCCACUACUCGACGGCGCAAUCCACGAAGCAGACCAGUCGUUUGCCGACGAGGGCCCAGAAACAUCAACGCCGAGCGACAGCAUGUCCUUCGCAACGACAUUCGCUGGUCUUAAUGCCUUAGAGAUCGCAGCCGUGGCAGAUGCGAAGAAGUUCAUGAGCCAGCGAGCCAUACAGCGUGUCAUUGACGGCAUUUGGAAAGGCGACAUCGUCUUCUGGGAGACUCUUGGCCAGCAUUCGACCAAACAGGCCAAGUUCUACAACAAGACUAGAUCCGAUCCUUUCUGUCGACUUCGCGUGCCACUGUACCUGAAAGCUUUCGAGGUCUUGUUCUUUGCCGCCUUCCUGGUGUUCUAUUACAUCGUACUGCUCCAGAAGACCACCCAUACAGUAUCUGCAGCAGAGGUGAUGCUGUACGUCUGGCUAACAGCAUUUGCGUAUAAUGAAUUGGCGGAGUUUUGGGAUGCCGGCAGUACCUUCUACGCCGUAGACUUCUGGUCAUUGUGGGACGUCGGUAUCAUCGCCACCGGUAUCGCGUUCCUGGUCGUGCGGGUACUGGGCCUUUCUCGCAACGAUCAUCAGCUCACCGACACCGCGUUCGACAUCCUUUCCGUUGAGGCGCUAUUCCUCGUGCCACGGAUCUGCUCACUGUUGAGCCUGCAUCCGUACUUCGGCACGCUUCUGCCAUGCUUGAAAGAGAUGACGAAGGACUUCAUCAAGUUUCUCGGCCUUGUCGCCAUACUUUACGUUGGCUUCGAUACAUGCUUUGCAUUCCUCGCUCGAGGCACUUACAGCCCGCUUAAGAUGAAUUGGAUCCUUAUCAAAGUCUUCUUUGGCUCGAGCUAUCUUGGCUUCGAUGUUGCCGAUCAGAUAUCACCUAUCCUUGGUCCUCCAUUGAUGUUCAUCUUCGUCUGCCUAACCAACAUCCUCCUUAUAACAUCGCUUAUCUCAUUACUGUCUAACACAUUAACGAAGGUCGUUGAACAUGCACGGGAAGAAUACCUCUCAGUAUAUGCGGUCUACGUGUUGGAAGCGUCGACAUCCAACAGACUUGUGUACUUCAUACCUCCCUUGAACUUGCUGGCGCUUUUGCUGCGACCUUUACGACUCGUGGUGUCUGCUGAACGCUUGCGAAGCGCGCGGAUUGUGCUUCUCAAAGCCACUCAUUGGCCGUUCGUAGCGCUGAUCAUGAUCUGGGAAAAGGGACAGCGGUUAUACUGGCAGCGUGACGCUAAGCAUUUUCCAUCGGCGCAUGCGCUUGCGAAAGGUCCAACCGCAGCUGGUGCGCCAUCCCGGCCACUCUAUCGGCAUUCAUACCGCAGAGCGUUGUUACCUCGAGGCUUACCUGGGCCGAGAGAAGUGGAGCAACCGAAGGAGUCUGAUACCAGUCCUGGUGCACAAGGGACCGUCUCGGUCGAGACGGUCGAGGAACUGAAGAAAGCGAUACUUAAGCUCACCUCGCAAGUCGAAAACUUAUCGUCAAUGAUGAGGCAGCAAAACGGCGCCAAAGACGGUCGCGAAUAG